UGUGCAAAAGGCAGAGCACCUAGGAGCAGCCCCUCCCUUCAUGAUUCUGUAAUGACUCCACCAAUCAGAUGGCUCAUUACCUCUCACCCAAUCAGAAGGCAGAAGUAAUCAGCCCUGCAGCUGCAAUUAUCAGUGCCUCAGUAGCUGAGAGAGAUGGAGAGAGUUCAGCUUCAUAGUUUAAGUUUAAAGUUGAUUGUUCAGGUUGUUAAAUUAUAAGCUGCUCAGUUCAUUUGGUGUGCGUACGUUUAAAAACCACACAUGCAUAUAAGUCAAUAAACUACUGAGCAGAUUUCCAGUUUCCGUUGCUGAUUCACAUCCUCGGGGACAUCCUAACCAAGUUCUUAUCCGACUUCCUGUAGUGGUUCAAUUAACCUGAACCAGACUUUGAUGCUAGUAUACCAAUUUGUGUCCUUUUAUUUAAUGGUCCUCCGAGCCGGAUCAGUGAACUACUACAGUGAGGAUGUCAGAUCACAGUCAAGAACAACCUGUAGUUAGACCUCGGAGAACACUAAACCGUCCUGUUUACCUUACGGACUAUGACCUCACAGGACUUCAGUCUCUGCGUCAUUUAUCUCGACCUGAUAGAAACUGGGAAGAUGAAGCACAGCAUACAUCAGACCCCACUGGGUACAGUACCCCUGUUAGCCAGGCUCCCAGUCUAAAUGAGUGUCUCAUCACAGAUCAGUGGGAGAAUACAGUAGGAGAUAUGGCUCAAGAGCAUGUGGAAUCUCCCAAACAGAAGAACCCACUGUCUGAUUUGACUGCUAUCUGGCAGGAGAUGAAAAGGGAACAUGAUGUAUUGCGCCAGCAAACCAGUCACUUUCCUGAACUCUUAUCAGCAUUCCAGGAGAUGAGACGAGAAAAUGCAAUUCUGCAUAGGGAAGUUAAGGAACUCAGGUUAGAGAUGAGAACCUCACCUCAUAGACUGACCCAUCCAGUUCCAUCACCUCGCCUACAUGCUACGGCAGGACGUACAAACCCAAGUGCAGAUCUAUUCUGCCCCAUACCUGCACCUCGUCAUAGCCUGGCACAACACAAAGUACACUCUGCCCCAAUUGAUUCUACAGAGAGGAUCACACAACAGAUGGGCCAAAUUGAUUUUUCUCCAAGACAUCGGUCAUUGCAGUAUGACCACCCAUCCAACCAGUUUCAGCCUAGCCCUUCGAACAAUAAGUGCUAUGACAUUCAUAAUGUUCAAGCACAAAACCAUCCUCCACAGCAUCAUACAGGUCCAUGCAAACAAGAGAAGACCUACAGAGGGCCAACUCCAACUAUUCCUAAUCUAAGCUCUCCAGACCCAAGAGAGUUUUCCAGAUUAAGGAUUGCCCUGGAGAAUAUUUUACCAGAAGAUGCUACAGAGCGCUUCAAGUUUCAGAUAUUGGCAGACCACUUAAAGCUUGAAGAAGCUCUACUUGUCGCUGAUUCUUACAGCAACUCUCCAUAUCCUUUUAGCAACACCAUGAGUGCUCUCAACAAAAUGUAUGGUCAGCCCCAUCAGUUGGCCUUGCAACACAUUGCAGAAGUUAUGGAUGGCCCAGAUAUUGGCAGUGGAGAUGUGAAGUCUUUCCGCAUGUUUGCUCUUCGAGUUCGCUCCCUCGUGAGCAUGUUGGAGCAGUUGGGGAGAAAGGGUAAUGUCGAAUUGGAAUGUGGAUCCCACGUCACAAGAUUACAGAGCAAACUCCCACAUGACCUCAGAUCUGGAUUUAAGCGAUACAUCCACCCAUUGGGAGUGUCUGUACCUACUUUACUUGAUCUGGCUGAAUGGCUGGAAUAUGAGCUGCAAGUCCAAGAGGAUAGCAUCAAAUUCUCUUCCCAUACUCACAGAGAUUCUUCCAGUAGGCGGAGAGAGGUCCGCAAAGACAUCAAGCAAACCAGUAAACUUACCAGUAUCCUCCUCAACACAGAGAGGUCUUCAGCAAGUAAGACCACAGCAUUUGAGAUACAAGAUAAAAGUGCAGAUCAGAAAGUAAAACCUUAUUGUCCCUACUGUGACAACAGCAAUCACUUUCUAAAUAGUUGUGCCAAUUUUAAGCAGCUGACCAGAGACCAGAAGGAGAAUUGGAUCAGAACCAAUAACGGAUGCUGGCGUUGUGGCCGUGGUCAUCAAGCUGCUAAAUGCACAUUGAAAGCACCCUGCAAGAUGUGUAAUAGGAGACAUUUGGCAGUCCUACAUGAUGUGAAUGAGAGAGCAGAGGCAAAGGCUAAUCCAGUAGAGAACUCUUGUCUGGUAAGCACAGCCAGUGAGGUCCUGUACGUUGAUCGCCCAACAUACAACCGAAAGGUACUACUGAAAGUCAGCAAAGUGGUUCUUAGCAAUGGAGAUAGGUCCAUGGAAGCAUAUGCGGUGCUAGAUGAUGGAUCAGAGCGGACUAUUAUUCUCCACACUGCGGCUAAGAAGUUGGGCCUAAAAGGACAACCUGAAGACUUAGUCCUCCGCACAGUCCGGCAGGACCUGCAGGUUCUCCAUGGGGCAGCUGUAUCAUUCAUGAUAUCUCCUGUAGCUGAGCCCAAGAGAAAAUUCAAGAUACAGAGUGCAUUCACCGCUGAGCCUUUGGGACUAGCAGAGCAUUCUCAUCCAGUUGCUCUUCUACAAAGAAGGUAUAGACAUCUUCUGGGCUUGCCAUUACAACAGCUAGACAAAGUCUCCCCAGUGCUGCUGAUUGGUUCUGACUGUCCACAUCUCAUCACUCCUAUAGAGCCUGUAAGACUAGGGCCCCCUGGUGGCCCUGCAGCAGUGAAAACGAGACUGGGUUGGACUCUCCAAGGGCCAGCACGAGAGCUCAGAGAUAAUCUUACCCCACAGCAGUGUCUGUUUACAUCCAUGUCACCCUGUGCUGAUUUGCAUACCCAUGUGGAGAAACUGUGGCAAAUGGAUGUGUUUCCAUACCGUAGUGAGAAGGCUGUUACCAGGUCAAAGCAAGAUCAUGAAGCUGUCCAACUUCUGCAGGAGAAGACAGUUCGAGUUGAAGUGAAUGGCAUUAAAAGAUAUGCUACCCCUCUCCUUCGUACCAGAAAUAUGGCACACCUACGUGCAUCCGAAGAUGCAACCUUGCCACAGCUUAGAAGUAUUGAGAGGAAGUUGGCCAAGGAUUCCAAUCAAGCUGCUGCUUAUCAAGCCGAGAUUGACAAACUGGAACAGUCUGGCUAUAUUGUGAAACUAUGUCCAAAACAGGUGGAACAAUCAGAUGAAGCAUGGUAUGUACCACACCACAUGGUACAACACAAUGGGAAGAACCGAGUGGUAUUUAACUGCUCAUUUCAGUACAAGGGUCAUAAUUUGAAUCAGAUGCUGCUGCCAGGUCCCACUCUCAGUCCACCACUAUUAGCAGUCCUCCUUCGCUUUCGAGAGCACACUAUUGCCAUCAGUAGUGACAUCCGGAGUAUGUUCCAUCAAGUGUGCUUACUCCCCCAGGAUAGAGCUCUUAAAUCAGGUCUGAAAGUAGUGAACUAUGGCUCAGCGAAGGUCAUCAAGACAUACCAGAAUCCACCCUUGGCUUGCACUGGAAUUGCCAAUCUGAUACCUUGUCAUACAAGCACCGCAGGGUAG